AUUAUCGUUCUGGCUACGCCACUGGUUUUAGUUUACAUUGCAUGAAACUAACUAAUUAUGGAGAGAAAGAUAAAUCUAGCUGAUCUUAAAACGGAACUGGCUGUGACAACUUCAAUGAACGAGCACAAUAUUAAAAUACUAGAGAAAGUUGGUCUUGACGAAAGUACAGGAUAUUGGUGGCUAAGGUUUUCGUUCGACUACAAGCUAGAAAAUGGCAUUGUUGUGAUUCUGACAAAUUUCAAGCACGACUCGACAGGCACAACUUGGACACUAGAGAUAGAAAAAUGCCAUUAUCUAAGAAUUUCGAAGAAGGAAGAUCGGAUUUCAUUUGAUAUUGUGGAAACUCUUAUCAAUAUCACAGAGCUGAAGCGUCUUCAACAAUUAAGUCACGAGAGACUAAGAGAUUAUUUGGGUUCAAACGUCGUGCCAUUAAUAACCAAGAAAAUCAGAUAUACAAAAUAUAAACCACAGUUUCGUUUUUUCCUCAGCCACAAGGCAAAAGACAAGCCUAUUCUGCGCACAUUCAAAAAUGGUCUGGCGUUUCUUGGUUACCCGACAUGGCUUGAUGAAUCUGAUAUGCCUUAUGGAUAUCUACAGCCGGCUUUGAAAGCAUCCAUCGAGGAAUGCGAUUGUUUUAUUGCUUGGCUGAACGAGGAGUACUUUAAUAGCGAUUACUGCACGGAAGAGCUCUUGUAUGCGAAACAACUUGGUAAGAUUAUUUUACCGUUCGGCGUGUUCGGGGAAAUCAAGACCCGUCUUCGUGCAGACGAAAAUCUGAAAUUCCUGGAACGUCUAUUAAUAGACAAUCCUGAUGAAAAGUCUUUCUUUGAAGUAUUACGACGGAUCGAUUCAACGUUGUCCAACUUUGAAAUGAUAGCUCUACCAUCUUGCUAAACCUACAAUAUGCGAACGACAUAACGGAAAGGCGAAGCCAGAAAAUGGCCGCUAUGGACACAAGUAAUUUUACUAUAUUUAUUUAGCGUUCGACUCACAAUAAACAUUAGACAACAUGCAUAUUAAAAUAUGCAUAUUAAAAUAUAAAAUUCAUCGUAUCAAUGUUAUUAAUUUUAUCGCACAGAGACCACUUAUGGCUGUGGUUGCAAAACGGCCAGUAUUUAUACACAUCACCAACAAUAUAUUGAAAUGACUAUUUUAGUUUUAGUCACCUUUGUAAUUCUAUCUUUGUAAGGUCAACUUGUUAAUUCUGUUUUUGUUUGAUGUUCUGCAUAACUU